AUGAUCUCCAAGUCAAGCACCAAAAUUUCCAAAUUAAAGAGAACACUUGAAGAUGGGAAGCUUUGUGAGUGUAGGAUCCAAAUAAGAAAAGUUGCGAGAGUUUACCGCCGAAAACAGUUUACAAUCGGCGGCAACGGCGUUUACAACCAGGGUUUCCGAAGUUUACGGUCUGAGGUUUACGACCCCGGAGCUUGCGAUUCGAUUUUGCAGCCCAGUAGUGUUUCCAGCAUCGCAAACAGCAGUGUCGCAAGAAGCAGCCUCGCACAGCGUUUAAUUAAAAUAAGGGGGGGGGGGGUUCACGAUUUUGACGGUGUCGGGGAUCAAACCCGCGACCUCCAUGUCAACAAAUCCGCGCCUUACCAACUCGGCUACACAUUCCGUUGUGUCUUUCCUUUGAAACCUAAUUCUUAA